AAUUUAUGUGUAUAAAAAACGCCACGUUCGGAAUUCUGCUUAUCAAACUGCUACUGUCUCUUCACUUGAGAGGGGGCGAUGGUGCUACAAAACCUUGUGAUAUUGGCACAAAGAUGAAAGACUUCUCCUUGUCUUGCCAAGACUCAGUGUCUUGCACAUUUUCUUUUGAAGUUGAACAGCUUCUUAGUGUUGAGGAUCACGAUGGUGAUGCAGGGAACUCGUCAAAUGAAAGAGAUACGAGACCUUAUGAUCUCUUCCUGAUGAUGGGACUUAAACCCUCCUUCUUGGAACUGAAGAGAGAAAAGAGGAAAGCAAGCAAGGGGUACACUGGAAUUGCUAUUAGACCUGGAAUGGUACUUCUCAAGAACUACUUGUCAAUCAACGAUCAAGUGAUGAUUGUGAACAAAUGCCGUAACCUUGGUUUGGGUGAAGGUGGCUUCUAUCAACCAGGUUUUCAAAAUGGAAGGUCAUUGCAUUUGAAAAUGAUGUGCCUCGGGAAAAACUGGGACUGUGAAACGCAUCAAUACGGAGAAACUCGACCCUUUGAUGGUUCUAUGCCACCAAAGAUUCCUGUUGAAUUCAAUCAGUUUGUUGAGAAUGCAAUCGAAGAGUCACAGUCCCUACUUGCUACAAAUUCAAAGAAGACCAAGGGAAGAGAUGGAAUACCAUUUAUGUCACCAGACAUCUGUAUUGUCAACUUCUACACAUCCACCGGGAGACUUCGUCUCCAUCAGGACAAAGAUGAGAGCCAAAAGUCCAUCAUGAAAGGAUUGCCUAUUGUUUCGUUUUCUAUCGGAGAUUCAGCCGAGUUCUUGUACGGUGAUCAGAGGGAUGAUGACAAGGCAGAAAUGGUUGUCUUGGAGUCUGGAGAUGUUCUGCUAUUUGGUGGGGAAUCAAGAAAUGUGUUUCAUGGCGUGAGAUCAAUCCUUAAAGGUACUGCACCCAAGGCUCUUCUUCAGGAAACAAGUCUCCGACAAGGUCGUCUGAAUUUGACUUUCAGGAAGUAC